AUGCCAAUACUGCUCAUAAUUGAUCAAAGUCCGCCCUUCAUCACCCCGGCCUUUGUCCCCCUGCUGUAUGUUCCCCUCAACCCAGCCCUUAACCCACCCCUCAACCCAGCCCUCAACCCAGCCCUCAACCCAGCCCUCUACCCAGCCCUCAACCCAGCCCUUAACCCAGCCCUUAACCCAGCCCUCAACCCAGCCCUUAACCCACCCCUCAACCCAGCCCUCUACCCAGCCCUUAACCCAGCCCUUAACCCAGCCCUCAACCCAGCCCUUAACCCAGCCCUUAACCCAGCCCUUAACCCAGCCCUCAACCCAGCCCUCAACCCAGCCCUUAACCCACCCCUCAACCCAGCCCUUAACCCACCCCUCAACCCAGCCCUCUACCCAGCCCUUAACCCAGCCCUUAACCCAGCCCUCAACCCAGCCCUUAACCCAGCCCUCAACCCAGCCCUUAACCCACCCCUCAACCCACCCCUUAACCCAGCCCUUAACCCAGCCCUUAACCCAGCCCUCAACCCAGCCCUUAACCCAGUCCUUAACCCAGCCCUCAACCCAGCCCUUAACCCAGCCCUCAACCCAGCCCUUAACCCACCCCUCAACCCACCCCUUAACCCAGCCCUCAACCCACCCCUUAACCCACCCCUCAACCCACCUCCACCCUAA